UUUUCCCUUCCCCCUCCCCAACCCCCCACACAGACUAGCAAGCCGCGCGCGGAGGCGAGGCGUUCGCACACCUCGCCGCGCGUCCUUGGCCUCUCCCCGCGCCACCACCGUUCCGUUGCGCCCGCUAACGAUCACGCGUUUCCGGUGGGAGAGAGAGUAGGUAGGGAGAGGACGGGACAGGAUGCUCGGGUUCAGGCAGAUGUCGUGGUCGUCGGCGGAGGCGCAGGCGCCGUCGGAGCAGCUGUGCGAAGGGGUGGCGGCUGUCGUGGCGGCGCGCCAGGGGAUGGAGACGCCGCUGACGGCGGUGGCCGAGGCGUUCGAGGAGCUGGUGCGCGGGAUGGACGCCGACGGCGGCGAGCUCCGCGUCGCGCCCUUCAGCGACACCUGUGCCCUCGUCUCCGUGCUCUUCAGCAGCCUCGGGAUGGCCUUCAGGUUCGCCGAGAUGGAGUACGUCACCAAGGUGAACGAUCUCAUCGGUGCCGGCAAGUCGUACCGCACGCUGAGCGACAUCCUCGACAAGGACAUCCAGAACGACUGCGUGAAGAAGCAGGGAAGCCACUCCCGGAACCUGCGCAGGGUCCGUCUCGGACUCGGCCUCAUCAAGGCCCUCUUCGAGCAAUUCCUCGCCACCGAGGGUUCAUUGUAUGAUGCUGCUACGAUAGCUUACGGGCAGGUCUGCGCGCCGUUUCAUAGCUGGGCGAUCAGGAAGGCUGUUGGCGCUGGCAUGUACACCCUUCCAACCAGGGAGCAGUUGGUAGUGCGGCUGAACGAAACUGAUCUCUCGGUGCAGAAGCAGAUGAGGAGAUACAUUGACGCUUCUAGUCCUAUCAUAGAGUACAUCGAUAACCUUUUCCUCUCGAGGAACAUUAGUCUAGAUUGGUGAACUAGUUUUUCUGAGCUGUACUGAAAGUCAAGUUUGUAACUUGUUCACAAGCUGUUGUUGGUA